AUGACAAGAAGAUAUUGGAACAUCCAUUUGGAAGAGAUGAUGGAAGCGGGGGUUCAUUUUGGUCAUGGUACUAGGAAAUGGAAUCCUAGAAUGGCACCUUACAUCUCUGCAAAGCGUAAAGGUAUUCAUAUUACAAAUCUUACGAGAACUGCUCGUUUUUUAUCAGAAGCCUGUGAUUUAGUUUUUGACGCAGCAAGUAGAGGAAAACACUUCCUAAUAGUUGGUACGAAAGAUAAGGCAGCUGAUUCGGUAGCAUCAGCUGCAAUAAGGGCUCGGUGUCAUUAUGUCAAUAAAAAAUGGCUCGGUGGUAUGUCAACGAAUUGGUCCACUACGGAAACGAGGCUUCAGAAGUUCAGGGACUUGAGAGUGAGAGCCGAGAUGGGGCAACUCAGUCGUCUCCCGAAACGGGAUGCAGCAAUAUUGAAGAGACAAUUAUCUCACUUUCAAACAUAUCUGGCGGUAUCAAAUAUAUGA